AUGUGCUAUGACCGCUAUGUGUCCAUCUGCAAACCCCUGCACUACGGGACCCUCCUGGGCAGCAGAGCUUGUGCCCACAUGGCAGCAGCUGCCUGGGUCAGUGCCUUUUUCAAUGCUCUCAUGCACACGGCCAAUACGUUUUCACUUCCCCUGUGCCAUGGCAAUGCCCUGGGCCAGUUUUUCUGUGAAAUCCCAGAGAUUCUCAAGCUCUCCUGUUCACACUCAAACCUCAGGGAACAUGGGCUAAUUGCUAUUAGUUCCUCUUCAGCAUUAGGCUGUUUUGUGUUCAUUGUUUUCUCCUACGUGCAGAUCUUCAGGGCUGUGAUGAGGAUCCCCUCUGGCAAGGGACGGCACAAAGCUUUUUCCACCUGCCUCCCUCACCUUGCUGUGGUCUCCCUGUUCAUAACCACUGUAAUUUUUGCUCACAUGAAGCCCCCCUCCCUGUCCUCCCAAUCCCUGGAUCUGACCCUGUCAGUUCUGUACUCGGUGGUGCCUCCAGCCCUGAACCCCCUCAUCUACAGCCUGAGGAACAAGGAG